AUGCAAAAGGUGAUGCGAGAAUUUGUAGGGGAUUGGCCUGGCCCGGCGCUCAUCGUUUCCAUGGACCAGGCGAUGCCGUUGUUGAACGGUCCGCUACUUUAUGACGCGGCGACGGCCACAUCCUUCGCGUAUCCGGUCCCUCAGUGCCUCCUUUCUCCGGCCUACAUCUCUUACCCGACGAGGCCCCACUGGUCGCAACGGCACCUGUUUGACGUGCUGCUGGGGAAGUUGGCGCAGGCAGGCAUCUUCACCAAGUUGGACAGCGACAUGUGGGUGAAGUUUCGAGCUCUGGGACUUGUGCAUCGCGGGCCUGCGCUGUCCACGUCCUCGUCCAGCGUACCUACUCCCGAGGAGCCCCGCCCCAUUAAGCUCUCCGCUCUGCAUGAACCGGCUGCCGUGCUAUGCGUGGAACUCCGCCUGCCUCGAAGUGCCGUAUCUCCUGGAGGAGGCCCGAUUGUCCAACGGGUCCCUGGACGUGAGCACGAAUCUCCGAUGGCACAGGCCCAGCAGCCAGAUGGGCUACCUCUACCCGCACAGGCGCAGCGACAUGUGCCUCAUAAUGAAGCGGCGGCGGUGGCGGGUGCACCAGAGCAUCCUGCAGGCCUUCAGUUGGAUCCCAUUCGCGACGAAAAGGCGAUGCAAGAGGGGCUGCUAGAAUUGGUACGGGAGCCGCCCGGCCCGGCGUUCAUCGUUUCCCUGGAUCAGGCGCGGCCGUUGCUGCACGGUCCAAUCCUUUGGGAUGCGGCGACGGGCGCCUCCUUCGCCCACCCGGUGCCGCAGUGUCUCCUCUCGCCGGCCUACGUGUCCUACCCCACGCGGCCACGCUGGCCUCAACAGCGCGUGCUCGACGCGCUCCUGGGAAUCGCGGCGCAAGCAGGCAUCUUCACCAAGUUGGACAGCGACCGUGGCCUUCCUCGUGGAAAGGGUGCUGCACAUGUGUGCUAUACGGACAAUGGUGAGAAGGGAGUGGCUGCGCAACCACCAGCAGCCCCGAUUCGUUGGGCUGUGAACGCUUAUUGA